AUGGCGCUCGUGCGCACACCGCUAGUGCAGGUGCUAGUAGACUGCAAAAAGAAUAAAGAAGAAGAUGAACACCUUCAAACAGAAAUAGACAGUGAUGAUGAAGAUGCUGAAAGCAAUCCACUAAGUUUGCUAAUUUACAAGCGAGGACAAGUGAAGGCGAAAUUGACCCGCGUUCGCAGCUCCCUCCGUGUGGAUAGGAGUCAGUUGACGCUACCACGACUGCAAGUGAUGGAACGGAAUCUGCUCACGUAUUAUGACGAGUAUUCAAGGUAUCACAACGAGAUUUUGGACUACGUCGACAGAAGAGGGUCAGCAGCAGGGGUAAUCGACAUCAAGACGAUCAAUGAUAACAACUACCAACGAGCGUGGAGGUUACUCGAGGAUCGGUUCGAGAACAAGCGGAGUAUUAUCGAUACUCACAUUCGUGGGCUCUUCAAGCUGAAGAAAAUGAAUAAAGAGUCCCACAUUCAACUACGUGACUUAAUAGAAGAGUGCUGUCGUCAUGUUGACAAUCUAGAUUUCAUGGAGCAAAAGGUAGAGGGAAUUUCAGAGCUAAUGAUUGUCAAUCUGUUGUCUGAUGCAUUGGAUACUGAGACGAAAAAACAAUGGGAGGCUACAUUGGAGUAUGGUGAGCUCCCUACGUACAAGGGAACAGUCGAGUUUCUGAAAAAGCGAUGUCAGAUUCUCGAACGCGUCAAACAGUCAAGCAAUAGCAAGGGUUCUUUCGAUAAGAACUUGGCAAAGGUACAUGCGGCCGCCACGCAACCAGAAACAGAAGGAUAUUCGUGCCAUCUGUGCAACAAAACACAUCCGACAUUUAGAUGUGAAGAGUUUCGUGCUUUAACAAUAGACGAACGCUUAGCAAAGGUAAAGGAGUUGAGGGUCUGCUUCAACUGCCUUCGCAAGGGCCAUCGGCUAACAGAAUGCAAAUCAAAGAAGAGCUGCAUGAUCUGCAAAUCAAGACACAAUACAUUGCUUCAUCCUGAUGAUAAAGCAAAUCAAAAUCUGACGGGAAGCCUAUCGCACCCAGAAGUUUCUUUGGAUAGAAAAGCAAAGGAGAUGCAGUCAUCAAAAGAAACUACUGCAACAGGUAGUUCCAACCCGAAAGAAUCCACUGUGUGCUCCUCCAGCAUACCACAGAGUGCGAGUCAAGUCCUGUUGAUGACUUCAGUAGUGCUUGUGGUAGAUAAACAUCAAAGGGUACAUCCAUGUCGAGCAUUCAUCGAUCCCGGAUCGAUGUCACACAUGGUGUCACAGCGAAUGGCAAAGUUAUUAGAUCUUCCAACGAAGCCUAGCUUUGUCACAGUAAGCGGAAUCAAUGGACAAAGGUCUACAGCAAACAAGCGAAUGACCGUUGAAUUCAAGUCAAGAGUGUCUGAAUUCCAUACAAAAAUCAACUGUCUAGUGCUCCCGAAAGUGACAAGUCCGCUUCCAUUAACCAACAUUAACAUAUCAUCCUGGGGAAUACCACCGAAUUUCGAGCUUGCGGAUCCAGAAUUUCAUCGUACGAACGAAGUUGAUCUACUAAUUGGUUGCGGAAUGUUUUGGCAGCUUCUUCUACCAGGAAUGUUGAAGCUUGCAGACGAGUUACCAGAGCUUCACAACUCGAAGCUUGGGUGGAUCGUGACCGGUGAAUAUCUCGAAAGGGAUAAAUAUUCGGAAACAGCAGUAAUGCAUUCUAAUGCAACAGUUGUAUCAUCUCUUGAUGCUUUAGUUAGACGUUUUUGGGAGAUAGAAGAGAUUACUGGCGAGUCCUCUGCCACUAAAGCAGAGCAGUUUUGUGAGGAUCAUUUCCAGAUGACCCACCGACGAGAUGUCAACGGACGGUACGUAGUUUCACUCCCAUUCAAGGAAAAUAUAAAUGAGUUGGGGAAUUCGAGAGGUAUGGCGAUCAAACGAUUUUUUAUGUUAGAGAAACGGCUAAAUAGAUGUCAAGACCUACGCAAGCAAUAUGUUGAGUUUAUGGAGAAAUAUCAGAGGCUGGGACACUGCAAAGAGAUUGACGAGUCAAAAUAUUCAAAUGAUUUGCAGACAUACUACCUGCCACAUCAUGCAGUUUUGAGACCAAACAGCUCAAGCACCAAACUAAGGGUAGUUUUCGACGCUUCCGCAAAAUCAUCAUCUGGAAAAUCUCUUAACGAUGUUCUGCAAGUCGGUGCAGUGGUGCAGAGUGAUCUGUUUAGUAUCAUAUUAGGGUUUCGUAGUCAUCAGUUUGUUUUUACAGCCGACAUCAUCAAGAUGUAUCGGCAGGUUCGAGUACGCGACGAAGACACCAGAUAUCAACGAGUGUUUUGGAGGAGUAGUCCAACGGAGCCACUGAAAACUUUGGAACUGACGACGGUAACGUACGGUACCGCAUCAGCCCCAUACUUAGCAACAAGAGCAUUGAAGCAGUUAGCCAUCGAUGAACGAGAUCGAUAUCCAGAUGCAGCAGAUAUUGUGGAAAACGACUUCUACGUGGAUGACGUCUUGUCAGGAGCCGACACCAAGGCAGAAGUUAUCUGUAAGCAAAUGCAGUUGAAGGAGCUUUUGAGUAGUGGAGGUUUUUCCAUCCACAAAUGGUCAUCGAACUCGUUAGAAGUCAUUGAGAAUGUUCCUGAAAAUGAGAGAGAGAAAUCAAUAGAAAUCGAGAGUGUCAGUGCCAAUGAUAUCAUCAAAACACUAGGACUUUUAUGGAACCCUACGUCUGAUGAAUUUUUAUUUACUGUACCCACAUCAGAUUCGAUUAAUCCAGAAAUAUUGACAAAAAGACUGAAGAACAAGGCCGAUCGAUUGGGAAAUCUUGACAUCAGUGUUGCAGAGAUGAGAGCUUCAAUGGACACCAUCGUACGUGUUAUCCAACAGCGUGAGUUCGCAGAUGAAAUUUAUAAAAUUCGAUCGGGACAACCGUGUAAAACAAUCGCAAACGUAAAUCCUAUCUACGUGAAUGGACUGCUGAGAUACGUCGUCCUUAGUAUCGAUCGGGACCCAGUCAGCAAACCAGCGAUCGGACAGACUGAAGCCUCCGGCACGAUGAGCGGUGCAUCUUCCCCAUUGACCUGCAAUCGGGUCGUUAUCAGACCGUGGGUUUGCCGUACCAUCGUAUGGCAACCUAUUUGUGGAAAGCAUAAACAGGCUCCGACUUUGUGGGAUGAGUCUCUGCUCGCCGACAGAACAAUAGAACGUGGAAUUCCUACGAACAUACGGCCCUCCGAGCGGCAGGUUGUUUCAGGAACGCUUUACGGAUAUCUAUUGAAUGAUUUUUUCGCUUAUGACAAAUGA